AUCGCCAAUUGCCCGGCCGUUUUGACCCGACGCGUGAUGAUCAAGGGCACGCUCAUCGUGACUACGCACCGCCUGUGCUUCAUUGCGCAUCUGACUUCGGAAGAUGCAGCUGCUCCGACUGACCCUCAUGCGGGUGCGACUCCACGUACCAAAUCGAACGUGAUCAAGCGGGGACCUGCGACGCUGCACCGUCCUGGUCUGCAUCGCAGAUCCAAGGCUUGGUUCGAGCUCACGGCGGAUGCUCUCACCGCCUACUCCUCCUCCACUAGCUUGUACAAUCCUCUGGGUUCAGCGCGGCUGGCGGAGAUUGAUGAUCUGCUGCCGCAUCAUUGGGGUCGGCCAAAUUGCGUCGACUUUCGCAUCAAGGGACGUAGGAUAUUCCUCGAAUUCGACACGGAGGAAGCUAGUCUCGCGUGGCAUCGUGAGAUCGAGGCGGCAUUGUGGCGCUUUAAGACGACUGCGGAAGAGAUUCGAGUCUCGCUCCCUCUUUGCAGGAUCUUGUCCAUGACGCAAAGCACCUACCUGGCAUUUGCUGUUGCUUUGUGGCUCAACGUUCUUGAUGAUUCGAGGAACGAGGGCGAAAAGGAUGCGAGCGCGACCAUCGAGUUGAGCUUUGGAGUUACAAGAGGUCACGAAAGCUUCUUGAAGGAGCUCUACGACGCGCACGGCGCGGCAACGAGAUGGCGUCAAGAGGUCGGCAUAGAUGCAGUUCUUCUGAAGAGCCCUUCGCCGAUGCUGGACAUCGAGGGACCUCAAUCUAGGGAGGUGGACUUGACGCGCUCUGCAUCGGGAAGCGACGGCAAGUCUUUGGCAGCCAGAAUCACCCAGAGCUUUGGCCUAAGGUGCAAGCCCGACGAGCUGCGGCUUGUGAAAGCGGAAAUCUUUCGCGCGGUGCCCAUGCCCGGCACCAUAGCUCUGAGUCCCGAUCACUUCAUCUUUUGGCGGACUCGUCUGGGACCCUUGCCAGACACAAGGCUGAAGAUUCCCUUGUCCGAUCUCCAAGGCGUUGAAGCGGAACGAUCCUUUCGUUGGCGGACCUUUGGGCUUCGAGUGCACAUUCGCGGAUACAGAGACGAGUGGUUCGAUUUCAGCAGCCAAAAAGACCGCGAUGCGAUGCUGGAAGCCCUCAACGGUGUCAUUGCCAAGCUGAAGCAGAAGGAGUUUGAUCAUCGCGAUGAUGCGAGCGUCAAGCGCGGCAUCAGCAAAGUCUCGGAUGCGACGCGGAUGCUGACAGCGGAGCCAGAGCAGACGCUGUCGCUUACCAAGGAGCAGAUGAAGUUUCUGCCAAAGGUGGUCAACGUCUCAGCGGACGUGGAGCACAACGUUCGUCGUCUUGGACGCCUGCGUAUUGCGCUCAUGACCAUCGGUAGUCGGGGCGAUGUGCAGCCUCUCAUUGGACUAGCUUUGGAGCUGAAAAAGCAUGGCCACGCGGUCUUUAUCUGCUCUCAUCCUGAAUACCGCGACUGGGUGGAGGGCAAAUUCGGCAUCGAGUAUAGAGGCAUGGGUGGCGAUCCAGCAGCUCUGAUGAAACUUUCCGUCGAGCACCGCAUGUUCUCGCCCGGCUUUUUCAAAGAGAGUGUUGGCAAAUUUAGGGGAUGGCUCGACGAGCUCUUCCGUGAAGCGUUCGAAGCUGCGUAUGAUGCCGACGUGAUCAUGGAAUCUCCGUCAACCUUUGCAGGCAUACAUGUCGCUGAAGCCACUGGCGCGGCCUACUUUAGAAUGUGCACCAUGUGCUGGAACAAGACGGCCGCUUACCCGCAGGCGUUUAGCGUGCCUCCAGUGGAUCUUGGUCCGGCUUACAAUACCAGCAGCUACGUGUUGUUUGAUGCGAUCUUGUGGCGAGCAAUGGCGGGACAGGUCAAUAGGUGGCGCAAGCACAUGCUCCAUCUCGGACCCACCGAUCUGACAAAGCUCGCCGCCGACACGAUCCCAACGCUCUACAACUUCUCACCCAGCGUAGUGCCUCCGCCGUUGGACUGGGGUGACCGCAUCUUGGUCUCGGGCUACUGGAACGUAGAGACCGCCACGGCGGAGAAGUGGGAGGCGCCAGAAUCGAUGAUCGCUUUCAUGAAGGCUGCGCGCAGGGAUGAGCGCAAGAUAGCGUACAUUGGUUUCGGCAGCAUUGUCGUGCCGGAUGCGCGAGCGGUUUCGAAGGCCAUCUACGAGGCCGUCGUUCGCGCUGGAGUGCGCGCCAUCGUUAGCAAGGGGUGGAGCGAGCGAACCAGCGACGGCGAGAAGAAGGCUACAGAAGAGACCGAAGAGAUUCCGGAGGAAUGCUAUGUCGUGCAGCAGGUCCCGCAUGACUGGUUGUUUCCCAGGAUUGACAUGGCAUUUCAUCAUGGUGGCGCUGGCACGACCGGAGCGUCGCUUCGCGCUGGCUUGCCUACCUUGAUCCAUCCCUUCUUUGGCGACCAAUUCUUCUGGAGUCAACGCGUGCACAAACUGGGAGCUGGUCUUCGUGUAGAGAAUCUCAGCGCUAGCGAUAUUUCCGACGCCUUGGUCAAAGCUCAACAUCGAAUCAUUGUUGAAAAGGCCCAAGCGGUCGGGGAGAGGAUCCGCGUCGAGAAUGGGCCUGCAGACGCCGUGAAAUUUAUCUACCACAAUCUGUCCAUUGCGCAACGCAAACGCGUACCUCUGCGCGACAAUCAGCCGAGGAGGCGAGUGAGCCUUCCAAAUGUGGGCUUAUCUAGCCUUCCCACGAUCUCUAUAGGAUCCGGCUCGGCUAAAGUUGAUGGGCACUUUGAAGGCAUUUCGGAGCAUGCAGAGGAGGAGGUCGAAAUGGAUGCGGGCGACGCUCAUGGUCCGACUAACCAAAUAGGAGGAGACUCGAUACCGUUGACGGAAGAGCCCCUUGAAGAGGAGCUCGAUACUCCAACGGCUGUAGGCGAUCGACCCAAGCGUCAAGGCACGCUUGGGAGCUUGCAUCUCCCUCGCGCAUUGUCUGCGCCGUUCCAUCUGCCUGGCAAGCGUCGCAGCAAAAUUUCCUCCACACAAGUCGGUGCUCUACCCCUCGAUCAUUCCACGGCUCCGACGCUUCUCGAAGUCGGCACGCCAAUCAGCCCCUCGCAUGAGGAGUGGGAAGAAGAGGGUCAGGGAACGGCAGGUCAUGCUGAAGAGGUGCGAAGGACGCACAAGACCGCAAAGGCCGAAGAUGUCCGAAGACGAGAGCUGCUAGAAGAGCAAUGGAAGAAAGAUCUUGAAGAAAUGGAAAAGGCUGAAGGGAACGACGAUGCCACGGGUUGGAGCGUAGAACACAAAGAUCGAGUCAAACGAUUGCUCCAAGCUGCCGAGGAUGGUAGAGUCUUUUCGAACGGCGAUCAUCCAAGCAACGCAGUCAAUACUUGAAGCAUAGACGUAGUGGAGAAGAUCAUGUAUACCGCCGCAAUGAAAGAUCGCUUGGUUGCCGUGCGGCUGUUGAAUGCGUGCUGGUGGCAGUGUGUCUUCGAAGUAGAAGCCGAGUCUUUAGAGUUACGCAGGAC